GCAGCCGAUUGCAUGGAUUUCUACAAUUGACAACUUCCAUUCAAAGCACCGCUAGAACAUUUACCUAGCAUUUUUUUUUUUUCGAGGAAAAAUUCUAUUUUAAAUAAUUUCACAUAAAAAUGUUUCAAGUUUUCUCCAGACGUUUGCUUAUGAGCAACAGCAGUGCUGUUGGUGCUCUGCAGUUUUCAAGACUUGAUUCAACGUUGCCGAACCGUAUACGAGCCAAAGAGAUUCGAGAUGUUAAGUUAAUCGGUACAAUUCACCAGGAGCCCUUUGCUUUACAAGAUGGAUCAAAAAUUCUUACCAUCAAAACUCAAUCAGACACCCAUUAUAAAUUGCAUCGAGCGAUAAUUCGGAAUACAAAACUUUUGGAAAUUCUUGGUGACAAUCUGUCAAGUGGCCAACGAGUAUAUCUUUCGGGAGAAUUACAAUCUGCAACUUUUACCACUAGCGAGAAUAAACAGCGUCAAUCGUUUCAAGUGAAAGUAAAUGAGAUCUUUGCCAGUAAAACUGAAACGAAUGCAACAAAUGAUUACAAUAAUGUUUGCAUACUUUCUCACAUGGCAUCGGAUAUCCUUCAUUUCGAUCAACACUCCGUUUUCAGUCUAUGUGGACACUUCGUUGCAAAGAACGUAACGGAUGGCGAGAGUGAGAGAGUGCAGUUCUAUAGAGUUUAUGUGCAUGACAAGGAGUUGAUUCAAUUUCUAAAAACCAAUGUGCAGAAGAGAGAUCGAAUUCUGGUCAAUGGCUUUCUGAACGGCAAGUCAGAAACCGAUGAAAAUGGUAAAAGCAGGUAUGCUGGUCAUAUUGAAGCGACACAGAUCGUGAAAGUCGACCGACUUGUCGAAGCCGUUAAUGAAAAUCCGGUCGGAGAAGAAAUUAACACUGCAAAUCAAUAAGAAAUUUGAUCUAAUUAGGAAAUAAAUAACCGUUGAUGUUAAAUAUAAAGAAAA